AUAAUUAAAUACGUAAUGUAGUUAAUAGUUAUAUACAUACCUCAUGCGUUGUUCUGCGAAUAUAGUUAUUACUUGCAAAUAUAGUUAUUACUACACCAUAUUCAUAAUAUCAACGAGUUCGAUGCAACAAUGAAACAGAGCUAUGCAAGUUUAUGCAAGGCGGCGGCGGCGGAGCAGUGUUAAAAUGCAGUAAUUUCUAGCUAAAACGGAAAAAGGACGUGUUCGGGCGGAAUAAAAACAACAACGUAUUCCACGCACACGUGAUCGAGAGGUUUCGCGUUACAUAACAUUGACAAAUAAAAUAAUACGUAGGUAGGUGCGGAGAGGAAAAUCGUUUUUCAACAACUUUUAAUAAACUGUCCACUCGUUUUAUCAGAGACAUGUCGGAACCAGGACCUAACACGACAAUGGAAGGCACAAAAUCGAUGCCUUGUAUUGAAUUGACAUCUCCCAUAUUGGAUGCGUCGUCCGACCAUUCGUUUGCAUCUUACAAAAGUUUCAACACGGUACACGAGCGAGAAAUCCAGAAACCCACUGAAAUACGUUCAAACGUAAAAGCUUUGAUCGACAAACAUAGGUCGUUUCAAGAAAACUUACUAAUUAAUGGUAAAGUAAACGACUUCAACGACGACAAUGACCAAAAAUCGUUUGCCAAUGACUAUGGAAAUCUAAGUGCACCGGGCAGUGCAGAUUGUAUGCAAAUGAAAGGUGACACGAAACAUGUGGAAAACGUCGAAAAUGUUGUGAAUAAUCAUGUGUUUGAAACUUUUAAUGUCCAUCAAAUGGAAACUAAUCCAAAACCACUGGGGGUAGAAAAACAUAAAAAAUUGUCAGACUCUGAAAAAAAUGGUUUUAAAACUGGAAUGCCCGAGUUAGAUGACAUUAAAAUUAAUAAAACAAUACAAUUAUUUUUAUUUAUUUUUAUUUUUUUUAUGGGCAGACGUUUUUGGCAAAAUAUUGUUUUUACGGUCAACGUUAACAGUACUUACCACCAAUGUUUGAAACAGAUAAUUGACAACAGGAAAUUUAAAAAUCUCGAGGAUGUAAGGGUUCAUGUAAAUUUGGUAUUAAAAACGACUGGUAAUGAAUCAGAAAUAAUUGGAUCAGAACUCAUCGCCUCGUCCAAGCAGUAUUUGGAAAAGUUUGGCAUCGUGUUGGACAGUAAACUAAAUGAGAAUUUGAAGAGAGUUCGUUCGUCAUCAAACGACGAUAGCACAAUGAGUGCUCUCAGAAUGGAGUUGGCCGAAAAUAAGAGGCGCAUGAAGAUUGCUGAAAACAGUAUCGCACAACUCCAGAAGGAGAAGAAAGACUUGUUGAACAUAUUAACCAGCUACGAUUCCGAGAACAUUCACAAAGUAUCGUUGGAAAAACGACUUAAAGCUCAGAAACAGAUAAACAACGAAUUACGGGAAUUAAUUAGUACUGUUUUCAAAAAGAAAAUGCCUUUUAAUAUCACCUAA